AUGAGGCUGCUGACCCACAACAUGCUGGCUUGCAACGUGAAGGGGGUGGUCAACGGGUACCCGCUGCGGCUAGAGGCGGAGGUGGUGGCGGAGCGGCCCGCCGAUUUCAACGCGGACUUUCUGCGCCACAUAUUUGCCCGGAUCGACUGGAAGGCGUUCGUCGGGGCGGCUCGAUCGCUCCCCGAGGAGCAUGCGGUCGCUGAUCUUCCUGAAGAUGCGGAGCCCUCCAUGCUCGCCUCCGAGGACUUCCUCCGCCGGUUCCACCACGCCCUCUUGGAGCUCCACGUCGAGAAGGGUGCCCUCGUCUGCCCCGAGACAGGUCGGCGAUUCGCCAUCGACAAGGGCAUUCCCAACAUGCUCCUCAAUGAGGAUGAGGUGUGA